GUGAAGUCUGGUAUAAAACAGUCAUCUAUCUGCCUGGAGCGGUGCAAACUGAGGAAAGUUAUUCUCAAAGGGGGAAAAUAUAAAUGACAUUAAUUCAAUGCAAUAUAAAAUUCGUAGAAUAAUUAUUUGAAUGAUACUUCUCAUCUUUGGGACGCAGAAGAUUAUUUGGAAAUAACUUUCGGGAAUUUAAAGCCCUUGGAUAUCACUCUUGUAGCCCCCUUUCCGUGUGAGAGAUGAUACCCCCGGGAGACUGCAUGUACGCCGGUCGGAAGCGCAGGAAGCCCGUACAGAAGCAUAGAAAACCUGCACCCGUGAGCGAGAAGUCGAACCCAUCAAAACGGCACAGAGACCGGCUGAAUGCAGAGCUAGAUCGUCUGGCCGGUCUGCUACCUUUCCCACCGGAGAUCAUCUCCAAACUCGACAAGCUGUCCGUGUUACGCCUCAGCGUCAGUUACCUUCGUGUCAAGAGCUUCUUCCACGCUAGUCAAGAGAAGCAGUUGAUGAAGCAACCCAGCCCUCCAUCCAUUAAUGACAUCAGAGGGGAAACUAUGUCGCCCGUGCCUUGUACAUCUGAGAGUGAACUGCUGCUGGAGUCCCUAACAGGCUUUGCUCUUGUUGUGAGCAGUGAUGGAAUGGUCUUCUAUGCUUCCUCCACUAUAGUGGACUAUCUGGGAUUCCAUCAGACUGAUGUGAUGCACCAGAACUUCUUUGACUACAUUCAUAUAGAUGAUAGGCAGGAGUUCAGGCAACAGCUCCACUGGUCCAUGAAUCCCUCAGUGACUUAUAAUCAGGAUGUAGCCACAGGAAACGGUGAUGAUUUUGUGAUUAGCAGUUUAUUCCAAUCCCAGAAUGCAGAUGGUGUUCCUCCAGAGUUUUCUUCCUUCCUUAACCGAUGUUUCAUCUCAAGAGUGCGCUGUCUGCUGGACAGCACCUCAGGAUUUCUUACUAUGCAAUUUCAGGGGCACCUAAAGUUCUUGCACGGACAAAAGAAGAAGACGGCAUCUGGCACAUCUUUACCCCCACAGCUGGCUCUGUUCUGUGUGGCCAUGCCGCUACUCUUGUCCUCCAUCACAGAGAUGAAGAUGAAGAACACAGUAAUAAGGGGCAAGCACAAAAUCACAGGCAGUAAUAUGAUCAUGGAUCAUAGUGAAAGAGAUGAACACUCAAGAAGACACUUACUGAUGAACGAAGGCAGAGACACACUCGUUCUGAACUCUUCCACUCCAGGAGCCACCUUACUCCACCAUACACCUUGGGCACCUUUUUCCAAAGAAAAUGUCAAAUUCAAGAACGAGGAGCCCUGUAGUAAGGAAGAGCCUCUCAAUGUCUGCAAAGACUCUUUAGGUGACCAUAAAGCCCCUGACCUGGACGCACCAUGGCCUGCCAGGGGUGCUUAUGGGUCCUUCUGCACUGGUCAUGGAGUGAAUUUUUUUCUUGGUGGUAGAGCAAACAAGCAUGGUCACUAUGGGAAGCCCUGCAAAAUGUCGCCAGUGUAUUGCAACAGCACAACAGAGCAUUAUAUUCCAAAGAUCUAUGGGGGUCUUCCUCCUCAGGAAAUGGUGGACGGUAAUUAUGUGGACAGCAACAAAAAUGAAAAUGCCUGUUUUGAAGGCCAAAGACAAGUCUAUGAUGCGCAUCUGAUAGCUGAGUUACCAAUUAAGGUAGAGCAAGACUCUGAUACUGAAAAUGAGCAUGACUUCUAUGAACAGGCUUGGGCAGACCGAGAACAUAAUCUCAUCUCCUAUGAUGGCCUACAAAUGAAAGCAGAAAACGGUUACUAUGAACAGUACAUGCCUUGCCAAAAAAGCACAAGCAGUAAUGGACAACUGUAUGGUAGCCAGUACCCAAAUGCCUGUGGAGCAACUGCACAACCUCUAAAGUGUGUCCUUGAAAAAGAUCCAGAAUAUCUCUGUCCCCAGAGGCUAGGACACCUACACCCACUCUGCAGUAACCAAAGUGCUAACUGUAUAGACAGCUCCAAUGCUCUGGAGCACAAGGGCUUCAUACAUCAGGAUUAUAAACCUGGCUGUCAGUUCAAAGGACAAGGACUGCUUCAUUCCAUCAAGCGUGAGCCUAUGGAUUCUCCACCCUGGCAUGAAAAUAAAUAUGAACAAAUAGGUGGGCAAUGGAAUAACAUGCCAAAUUGUAUAAUGAAUCAGGCCAAAGCUAAUACAUAUAUGUUUAUGCAAUAACGUAGUCUGACAGUCUGCCAUGUGACAGCUACCUCUUUUAUCAUCAAUGAACCAAAGAUCGAAGAUGCUUAAUGAAACUUUUAGCAAAUACAUACACAUGGUUCUUAUUAAAAAAGGUAAACUUCUUUAGGAUAAGUACAUGAGACAUUUACAGUUACAGUUGUUAACAUUUCAAAAUAUGGGGAAGGAAUAUUUUGUAUUAAAUAAAUGUUUGUAUUAAAAGUAUUUUAUAUUUGUUUCUCUAGUUUUUAAAUGCACUUUUCAUGAAAUUAUAUCCUAAUAUUUGCCUAACUCAUACAUUUUGUAUGUAUUUGUAUUUGUAGCUAUUUGAGAUCCUGUAUUUGAACUGUAGUCUGGGGAACAUGUUAGUUAAUUGUUUUACCCUGAUGUUAGUUGUCAAGUAAAAAUAAUUUAAAAUUGUAGUUAUUCCAACUAGCGUUGUCCAUGUGGGGUUCCACCAUGUUCUUGGGUUUUCUCCCACUUCCUAAAAUCAUAAUGAUAUGUGGAUUGGAUACAUUAAAUUGCUCCUAGGUGUAAAUGUUCAUGUGUGAGAAUGAUAUCCUGCAAUGGACUGGUGCUCCCUCCAGGGUAUAGAGCUUUUGCAGUAAUGUCACACCGGCACAUGAAUUUUGUUGAUACAGCCAUAUUGCUGAUCAUACUCAUCCUGCUACAGUAUCAGCCUGCAUAAUGCUAGUUUCACAGAUUCUGCUCUAUCUGAGGCUAUAAUUCGUCUAGACAGCUGUUUUAAAAAAUAUUUAUGCACGUGUAAAUGUGCCCUUUUAAAACUGUUAGACUACAAUAUAAAGUGAAUGUAAUUUUAGGUCACACUUUACCUAUGACUAGUAAUAAAUGGAUGAAGGUUAAACAUGGUAGAUUCAGAUUAAAGGAUCUCCAGUGCCUCCAAAACAUUUAAUUAAAUAAUUUAAAUAAAUAAUUAUCUCACUUUCUAACAGAUAUAAUGCUUUAUGUGAGUUUAGGCUUUAUGAUGCACC